AUGGAAACCAUCCGAGCAGCAUGGCACACUAACUUGCCAGGGAGCCCAACCCAACUUGAUCGAAAACUCAGAUUGAUUAAAGAGGAAGACGUCCACCUACACCCUGGGGACAAGCACCUCACCGAUGUCGAAUGCUCGAAAAUAGAGGCUUACAGGAGGUUAAAGAGAGAACGGGAAGCGGGCCUCAGACAGAAAGCUAAAUUGAAGUGGCUCACUUUGGGUGAUGACAACACCAGAUACUUCCACCACUCCCUUCAGCACCGCAGGAAGUGCAGUACUAUAAAUGUUCUUAACUUUCAAGAUCGUACCACAGGCGAUCCAAGGGAAAUUCAGGUAGCCUUCGAGGAGUACUACUUAGCUCUCCUUGGAGGUAAAAUGAAGGAGAGAGCGAGAACUAAAGAUGCCAUGUGGAGCAUUCCUGAAGACAAAGCAUCAGGUUUGAAUGGUCUCAACAGUGGUUUUUAUAAGGCUGCAUGGGAUAUUGUUGGUGCAGAUGUUGUUAGAGCAAUUUAA